AGAAUGAUAACUCGGCGAAUCGUAUCAUUUCUGACAUGCUUGUCCCUGUUAUCACUCACAAUUAAUGCUCAAUAUCAAGUGAAUAGUCAGAAUCAGAACCCAUAUCAACAACAACAAUACGGACAACAAACUCAGAAUCAGCAACAAAAUCGAAAUCAGAAUACGAAUACUAAUACGAAUACUGGAUAUGGGACUCAAUCUCAAAACUAUGGAAACGCAAACUCGAACUCGUGGGGAUCUGCUGCCGCAAAUGUAGCAAAUACUCUGCAAACUGGAUACCAAAAUAUUCAAAAUAGAGGAUUAUUCAAUAAUCAAUCCCCAUUCGGAGCAACCAGCAAUAAUACGAACUCUAAUUCAAACAAAGGAGUAACAAUUCAAUUCCAACUUCGUGGAUAUUCAAAUCCUUCAUCUGCACUUCCAAACAGUCAAACAUGUACCUGUCCAAGUGGAUACACGUGUUCAUUCCUCAAAACUUCCCCGAGAUGUUACUUUGCAUUCACAUUUAUUGUUUCAUCUCCAGAUGAAAGUGUUCGUUAUCAAAUCACUGACUUCUUCUAUUUGGACACAAAUGGUCAACUUCCACAAUCUUCUCAAGGACAGUGGAGCCAGAAUUAUGUGAUGAACUUGCCAUCCAAGCCAGCUGCCAUUGAUGUAUUCGCUCAUCACUUGGGAGCAGUCAUCACUCAAACUGGUCAAUUGGUUCAAGAUGACACUUUGACUCAUGUCGACACAUUUGUGGUUCCACUUUCAGACACACUUCCAGCUGUCGAAGGAGUGCAGAAUAUGAAUCAGCAGAGAACUUAUCAAGGAAAACUUUUGGGUACCAGUUUAUCCAUGUCAUUUUCCAUUUCUUGCUCUGGCUCUUUGAUUGGACCAUCAUGUGAUCUUACGUGCAAAGCUUCUCACGUGAAUGCAAAUGUUGCUGCUUGUGUAUCAAAUUCAACUGGAUUCUUCUCAAUCUGUAAUUAUAUUACCAAUGGACAAGUGGAUAACUGCAAGAAUUGUCCAUGGGGAAUUAAAGAUAAUACUUAUUGUCAAGAUGAUCAUGGAAGUGUACUUGAUCCAAGUGAAGCGGGACUCGUUGGAAUGGGAUGGAGAACAGCAACUAUUAUUCUUGCAAUUCUCACAUUCCUUUUCCUUUUACUUCUUUGUGCUCUUGCUCUCUUCACGUGUGUCAGAAGUCGCCAAGCCCCAGCUGAAAAAGAAAUGACAACAUUUAAUAGAACAUCAAGUGAUAGAGAACCUCUUCACAGUGAAAAACAUAGAGAAGCAGCUGCUUAUAGACAAGAUUCAACUGAUCGAAGACCAAUGAUGCCACCUGCACAGGAUGCUAAACCAAUUAACGACCCACUGUACACCUCUGUCUAAAAACUGUCCUUCUUCUUCCCAGCCGUCUUUCAAUUGAUCUCCCAUUCAUCCAUCAUCUUCAACCUCAAAAAAAAAAAAAAAAACUCUUGGAUCUGCAAUGCGAAAACCAUAUUCUCCAGUAAACUCUGGUGAACGAGACGAUUCAAGUUUUGCGAGUGACGUUCCGGUUCGGCCGAGUCGAAGUGAAGUUGUCUAAAAUUUUCUUAUUUUUCUAGUCUCACCAUUUUACUUUCUUGAAACCCAGUUUUUUCCCAUUUUUCUUUCAUUGAAAUAUUGAUUAUUUUAUUGAUUUCCGGUUGCAAUUACUCUUGGUUUUCUCUAUUGUUCAUACGCGAAUUUCUCAAUUUUAAUGAGAAAUUUCCGUUUCUUUUUUUUUGAAGAUAUAUUCCGAUUCUCUAUCAAAAUGUUCACUAUAAAGUGCCACUUCAUGACCUCAAUUCCUUGACUACAAUAUUGUUGACUUUGAAAAUAUUUAAUAAACAUUUAACUAUAAAAAUUUUCACGGUUUCAGUGUUUUAUGAAAAGCUAGACAACAUUCUGUGAUCGUUUUUUUGUGUUGACG